AUGGUGGUUUCAACAAUAAGUGAAGAAGAAUUUGCGAAAGAAAUCACGGAAUUUGUCAGAAUUUCGAAAGGCGAUGUUUGGACACUUCACAAGGUGAGAUUUUUUGCUGGAAAAAUUUGAAUUGUAAUUUUUUGCGUACUUAAAAAUGAUUUAAAUCCACGUGGCUGAAACAUGUCAGAAUUUUUCAGCGCCCUUCUGGAAUUAUAGCCAAACAAUCAUCGAUUUGUCGUUUUGAUGAUCAUCCAGUCAUCAAUCGACAAUCGCAUUUCAUCUACAACAAAAAAUUGUCGCGCGUCGAAUUGUGGUUCAUGUUUUAUGCUAGAAGUGAGUAGUUUUGAUCAUUUUUCAAAUCAAAAUGUGAUUUUUUUGAAACGUAUUUCUCCCUGGAAUUGUUUCCAGCAGAUUUAUGGGUAAAUUCCAGACGGGCGGCCCAUCCGAAUCUCCGAAAUCGCUGAAAUCCUCGGCACCAAACCUGAAAGCAAUGAUGCAAUCGUCAUCGAGCUCUCAACUCAUCCAACACUUCAAAUCCCAUUUUAUAAAUUAUACGAGAAUCCCGACGAUGACUCGGAUCAUUUUCAAUUCAUCGACACUUCCGACAACUACAUUUCCCGAUGGAUUUCGGCAUUUGGCGCUGAGGCGGGUCUAGCGCCCAAAAAAUCGCAAUCGGAAGGAUCUUGCGCGCAAUCUACAGUCUCCUCUUCUGAUGAUUGA